AUGGCCGAUUUAGAGGCUGUUUUGGCCGAUGUUUCUUAUUUAAUGGCUAUGGAAAAGAGUAGAAGUCAGCCGGCUGCCCGCGCCUCAAAGAAAAUUGUUCUGCCAGAUCCCAGUGUUCGAAGUAUAAUGCAAAAAUAUCUGGAGAAGACAGGGGAGAUUCGUUUUGAAAAAAUAUUUUCCCAACGACUCGGGUUUUUACUUCUCAAAGAUUUUGCUGAAAAUGUUGCAGAAACUUCAUGCCCCCAAAUUAAAUUUUAUGAGGCAAUUAAAGAAUAUGAAAAAUUGGAAACACCGGAAGAGAGACUGACUAAAGCUAGGGAGAUUUAUGAUCAUCAUAUUAUGGUGGAAAUGCUUGCACAUUCACAUAACUACACAAAAGAAAGCUUACAACACGUCCAAAGGCAUUUAAUGAAGAACAAUGUCCCCCCUGACCUCUUCCAGCCUUAUGUGAUGGAAAUAUGUGAUCAGUUGAAAGAAGAUAUUUUCCCCAAGCUUUUGGAAAGUGACAAAUUCACAAGAUUUUGUCAAUGGAAAAAUCUUGAAUUAAAUAUGAACUUGACAAUGAAUGACUUUUCUGUCCACCGAAUAAUCGGACGGGGCGGUUUCGGUGAAGUCUACGGGUGCAGAAAGGCAGAUACUGGGUUCAUAUUUUCUAUUUUUAAUAAACCAAAAUGAAUUAAA